AUGCAAGGCAGCUGCGUGGUGCUGGGACUCCUGUGCUGCUUGGUGGCCCGGGUGGGCUCCUAUACACCCUGGGACCUCUCCUGGUCAGCACGAGGGGAUCCCUCUGCUUGGUCCUGGGGGGCUGAGGUGCACUCACGGGCCGUGUCCAGCUCACACCCGGUGGCCGUGCAGUGCCAGGAGGCACAGCUGGUGGUGACGGUGCACAGGGACCUCUUUGGCACCGGGCGUCUCAUCAACGCUGCCGACCUGACUCUGGGCCCUGCUGCCUGCAAGCACUCCUCGCUCAACGCCGCACACAACACCGUCACCUUCGCUGCUGGCCUCCAUGAGUGCGGCAGUGUCGUGCAGGUGACACCAGACACCCUCAUCUACCGCACGCUCAUCAACUAUGACCCCAGCCCUGCUAGCAACCCUGUCAUCAUCCGCACCAACCCUGCUGUCAUCCCCAUCGAGUGCCACUACCCCAGGAGGGAGAACGUGAGCAGCAACGCCAUCCGGCCCACCUGGUCCCCCUUCAACUCUGCCCUGUCAGCAGAGGAGAGGCUGGUGUUCUCUCUGCGCCUCAUGAGCGACGACUGGAGCACGGAGAGACCCUUCACUGGCUUCCAGCUGGGCGACAUCCUCAACAUCCAGGCUGAGGUCAGCACUGAGAGCCACGUGCCCCUGCGGCUCUUUGUGGACAGCUGUGUGGCUGCCCUGAGCCCCGACGGCGACUCCUCGCCCCACUAUGCCAUCAUUGACUUCAAUGGGUGCUUGGUGGACGGGAGGGUGGAUGACACAAGCUCUGCCUUCAUCACGCCCCGUCCGCGGGAGGAUGUGCUGAGGUUCAGGAUCGACGUCUUCAGGUUUGCAGGGGAUACCAGGAACCUGAUCUACAUCACCUGCCACCUGAAGGUGACCCCAGCAGACCAAGGCCCAGACCCCCAGAACAAGGCUUGCUCCUUCAAUAAAGCCAGAAACACCUGGGUGCCAGUGGAAGGCAGCCGGGAUGUCUGCAGCUGCUGUGAGACGGGGAACUGCGAGCCGCCCGCGCUCUCCCGGAGGCUGAACCCCAUGGAGCGAUGGAACGGCCGCCGCUUCCGUCGUGAUGCCGGGAAAGAAGUUGCAGCCGAUGUGGUCAUUGGUCCCGUGUUGCUCUCGGCGGACCCGGGAGCCGUGGGGCAGCAGCAGGAGGGCGGUGAUGGUGCGGCGGUGACGGAGAACAGCGUGGGGACGGGGCUGGUGUGCGUGGCCGUGGUUGUAGCGCUGGCUGCCGUUGGGGUGGCUGUGGGUAUUGCACGCAAGGGCUGCACCCGAACCUCGGUUGCGGCGUGA